AUGUGGUCAGACGUGCUUUUGUUUGGAGCGGUUCUGCUCCAGGUUCUGUGCUUGGGGUCUGGUUAUCCGAAUGGGGCUCCAGCGUCAGCGUGUGGAGAUAUGAUGCCCCGGCACAGCGGAGUUGUACCCCAGCCAAACCCAGCUCCUUACACCAUCCAAACCAGCAGCAACACUUUUCAGGCCGGAGUCCCCAUCACAGUGGUGAUUAAAGGUCCAGUGUACCAAGGUGUGUUAUUGGAGGCUCGAUCGGGAUCUGACACUAAAGCUUUAGGGGUGUGGAAGAGUCCUCCCGCAAACACCAAACUCUUACAGUGCUCAGGGAACUCCAAUGGAGCCAUUACCCAUGCUAACACCAACGCAAAGGACAACUCCACAGAGUACAGCUGGACCCCCACUGACGGAACACCCAGCCAAAUUUACUUCAUGGCAACCGUAGCCCAGCAGCGCACGGUCUACUGGUUAAACGUCAGGUCCCAGACUUUGAGUGGAGGUGGAAGCACAAACCUGGCCACAGACACCAACUCUGGGUCAGCCCGUCAGUCCCUGUACCUGCUCCUUCUGCUCGGUCCUCUCUCAACACAGAUACUUCACAACUAA